AUGCAUGUCCGAGGAACAACGGAGAGCCAUUAUCCACGAGUCGUCAACGACAAAAAACACCCCCCCAGCCUUCGCUCCAGCGUAAAGUCAUUGUUCCCGCAAUCGGAUUGGGUCGUAAGCGCGACCUUUGCGAGACAGAACGCGGAGCGACGUGACGAAGUGUCCUACGGGGUCUCGGCUGCUUAUCCAAUUACACUCUCCCCCGCGUUCCUUCGAACUUCCGUCGCAUUAAAGCUCAGGUUAAACCGCUAUUUGACU